UGCAACUUCCUCUGCACCCUUCGCUCCCGGGCCAGCACUGCUGUCUUUCAUUGCCAUCAUUUCGCCAUCCCAGCACUUGACCCCAAUAUCUCUAUCCAACUUGCGUCCCAUUUAUCCACCAUGGCGACCAUUAUACCCGUUGCGAAUGAGACGAACAGUCAGUCGUCGAGGAUGACCAAGGAGGGCAAGAAGAUCACCUAUCGCAUGCAGGUGAUCCAGCAGCCCGAGCGCGCCAGAGCCUGUGGCUCGGGUGCCAAAUCCUCUGCGGAUCGUCGUCCGGUCGACCCGCCUCCAAUCGUGGAAUUGCGCGUCUUUGAAGGCGAAGGCAACAACAUGACCGAGGUGACCAUCUCCUACAGCGCCAACUUCUUCCUGUUCGCGACUCUGGAGAACGCCAGACAGGUGGCCCAAGGUCGCGUGUCAGCUGCCUCCACGCAGUUUGCUGUCCUCACCGGCACGCCCGUCGCCGGCAUGGCGUAUCUGGAUCGGCCCACUCCCGCUGGCUAUUUCAUCUUCCCCGACCUGUCGGUUCGCCAUGAAGGAAAAUACCGCUUGAGCUUCGCCCUCUAUGAAGAAUUGAAGGAUGCCAAAGACAUGGACGCUGAAGACCGUGGCACGGUUCCUCCUCCUCAGGUCGACGCCCACGUUUCCCACCGAUUGGAAGUCAAGUCAUCGCCGUUCACCGUCUUCUCGGCCAAGAAGUUCCCAGGCCUGACUGAAAGCACUGCGCUUAGCCGCAUGGUCGCCGAGCAAGGUUGCCGUGUUCGCAUCCGUCGUGACGUUCGCAUGAGGAGGCGUGAAAACAAGUCGUCCAAGGAUUGGGACGAGUACGACGAGGAGGCCGGUUACGAUGCCACCCGACGAACUGCGACGCCAGAUGCCUACGGACAGCAGAACAUGGCCACACCUCAGCCUUUGAUUGAUGCUGGUGACCGUCCAAGAUCCGUUUCUAACGCGAGCAACGCCUCGUUCGCCCCUCCUGCGCGUCGUCCUUCUCUCCAGGAUAUGGCCCAAGGAUAUCAGCAGAACAGCUUCCCGCACAUGGCCACUCCUCAACCCCAGAACAACGGCUACCCUCCUCCGAUGCAGUAUGGAGGGGCCCCUAGCCAGCAGUAUCAGAAUCAAUAUGCGCCGCCACAGCAAAGCUCGAUGAUGCAACCGCCACAGACGCCAUACCAGCACCAAUCUCACCAGCCGCAUCACAGCUACCCGAGCCAACCUGCAAUGCACAUGCCUCAACCGUACGGCUACCCGAGCCAGUCCUAUUCUCAGCCUCACUACGAGCAGCCUGCACCCAUGCGCCAGGAGAGCACUGAUUACUCAGGAACGCCAACCGAAUACCGACGUCCUUCGAUGACUGCAACCACCACUCAGCAGUACGCUGCUCCAAACCCAAUGGUUCCUUUCGGCACUCUGGAUAGUACUUACAACCGGCCACAACUUACUCCUACUCCUAGUAAUCAGCCAAUCCAGUCUUCGCAUCACGGUCCUCCUGCGACUCCUGGUGCGAUUCAUAUGCCCAAUGGUCACUCGCUUCCUCACAUCAAAACACUGCAGACGUUACAGCCUCCAGCGGAAAGGGUUGAGCCCGUGUCUCCUUCCUACCAGCUAAGCGGUGGUCCGAUGUCGGGCGGUCCUUUGUCAGGUGGUCCUCUGUCAGCUCCCGGUUCAAUGUCAGCCAGCUCGGAUCAUGGUUACCCACCCAAGUUUGCCAGCCAGCCCCAAUCAGCAGCAGGAACAAAACGGUCAUUCUCAAGCACCUUCGACACCAAGCACUUAGACGCACGACUGCAGCACGGGGAGCGACCAAACAUUACUGCACCACCUUACGGAUACGAUAACAACGACGAUAGCCCUGACAUUGAGGAGAUCGACGAGAACGCUAUGAUGUACCGUCGGGCUGACGGAACACACCGCCAGCGCCGUGUGCCGGAUCUCGCGUGACUCGCGGCGAAACCUUUCUCGACUUGAGAGGGGUUUCGAUGUAUGCGCUUGAUUUAGUAAUGUUGGGCUCGGUGUUUGGUCUUAUCAAUCUUGGAACAACGCGCGCUGGUAUUGAGAGUACUCUAUUCCGACAACGACAGCGAGAUAUGUGAACGGUUUUUAUGCCAGUCACAACUGCACUGCUCUUCUUUU